GUUGAUAACCUUCUCUCCCCCCAACACAUUCAGCACAACUACACAAAAUGCCUCGCGAAAACAAAAAGCGUGGUCGUCGCGAAGAGGCCAAAAACAAACGAAAAUACGAAGAAGGCGAUUCACAGAAUUCAAAACGGUUCAAAGCCACCGAACAAUAUGGGGAUGAACAAGUCGACCACUUCGAUGUCAGAGGGAAUGCUGGUGACGAGUUCAUAAGUUUUGGGGCUCCUCAUGAUCACGGACACCAAGAGUUGCUAGAAGAGGAUCAGUUUCAUGGCCUUCUCGACCCCGAAGAACAGGAAUACUACUCGAAUGUAAAUAGCAAAAUCGUCGCGAAUGACUUCGAGUCGGACGAAGACCGCGCAACUUUCAUCGAGGCGGUGUAUCGAGAAACAGACGGCAAAGAACUCAAGGUCGCCUCUAGCCAGUCUUGUUCGAGAUACCUGGAGAAAAUCAUCAUGCUGUCAACAUCCGAGCAGCAGCGAAGACUUUUUAACAAAUUCCUCGGCAAUCUCACGUAUCUUGUCCGCCACCGAUUCGGAAGCCACUGUUGUGAGACUCUUUUCUUGGAAACGGCAAAGCGACUUGGCGAGCAUCAGCGGGAAAGUGAUGACGAUUCAGACUUACCUACGAUCGAGCAAUUACUCUUACAGGCCGCAGAAGAGUUCAGGCCCAAUCUUGGAUUUCUUCUGACGGAAAAAUUUGCUUCUCACACCCUUCGAGUGCUAUUUUUAGUUUUGUCAGGGGAGCCGUUGGACGACGAAUCCACCAAGACGAUUCUUGCCAGCAAGAAGAAGGAAAAACUGGAAGCGCCGGUGCCGAAGGCGUCUGCAGACGGCAAUACUAGCUCCAAACGGCGGGUACCCAAGUCUUUCAGCAAGGAGCUCGCAAAAUCCAUCGAGGGCUCGGUCUCUUCAAUUGACACUACAUAUCUCAGAGCACUAGCGACGCAUCCUACUGGAAACCCGGUGUUGCAACUGCUGUUGAGACUGGAACUCACCUUGUACGGGAAACAGCAUCAGUCAGAGAAGAUGUCAGUGUUCAAGAAAUUGUUACCUGACGAAGAUCUGGAAGAGGAGUCUGAGAGCGCAAAGUUCAUCUCCGGGCUACUAUACGACCCAGUCGGUUCUCACCUGGUGGAAAUUCUGGUCCUGCACGUACCCGGAAAGACCUUCAAGAAACUCUACAAGAACGUUCUGAAGUCGCGACUUAACAGCAUGGUCAAGAACGAGACGGCAAGCUAUGUCGCGAUCAAGGUUUUGGAACGACUAGGCAAGGAUGACCUACAGGAGGCGAAGCAGAUGAUCUUGACCGAGUUACCCACCUUGAUAAUGCGACGAAGAUUAGGCAUCAUCAAGGUUCUAGUAGAACGAUGUACAGUGCGCCACGUCGAUCUGAAAGACGUCGCUGAGAUCAUUGAAUCCGGAUUGGAAGGUGACAAGACAACAUUCCUGCCGAGACUACUGGGGUUGGACAGGUCGAAGGAUUCAACUGGAGCGGAAGCCGACGUUGGACGAAAGCCAGCCACCCCGGCACAAAAGGCAGACGUACACGCCUCGCUACUCGCUCAGGCAAUGUUACAAAACCCAUCCGCACGACAACCCAUCCACGACAGUCUACUGGCACUCGACGCUUCAUUUCUGGCCCAGAUGUGCAAGGACCCAGCUGCCUCGCGACUCAUCCAGGCUGCACUUGCCCCCAGCGAUGCAAACGCUCAAUUCCGCCGACAGUUCAUCCCUCGCUUCUUUGGUCACAUUGUCGACGUCGCUCAGAGUCUCAGUGGCUCGUACGUAGUAGACGCCCUCUGGUCGGCAACUGACGGGUUGUUCUUCCUCAAGGAGAAAAUCGCCAAGGAACUCGCAGAUGACGCCAGCCAGCUGAGAGAGUCGACGGUCGGCAAGAACGUUUGGAGAAACUGGGCCAUGGACAUGUAUUCGAGACGGCCUGGCGAAUGGCGGGCUUUGGCAAAGGGACAGACCAAGACCGAUGGAUGUGAAGCCGAUGGUGGAUCCAAGGAAGAAAGGAACGGACAACAACAGCAGCAGAAGCAGAAAAAGUCAGGACUCGAGCUCGCGCGGGAAAGGUAUGCACAGAAACAGAUGCACGGAGCAAAGCAAAAGACUCCUGCGACGUCUGCGAAUGCCAUUGUGCGGACGAAUGCGUAG